UACUCCAGUAUGUGCGACGGAGACGUGCCCGAAAACCAACGGAAUGUCGAGAUCAAGGCACGCAUAGGCAGUUCCGAGGAGUUUAAACGCCGCAUAAACAUUGCCAGGCAGCUGACUGGCGCUGAAGGAGAACUCAUCGUGCAGCGUGAUGUUUUCUUCAAUUCGCCAUUAGGCGGCCGCCUGAAGCUACGCUUUUUGCAGGCUCCAUCACGUUCCCAGCUGGUUUACUACGACCGACCUGACGUAGCAGGCCCAAAGCUAUCCAAAUAUAACAAAAUCGAGGUGGACGAACCAGCGGUUCUUGAAAAGAUACUGUGCCAAUCUAACGGAUCCCUGGGUGUGCUGGCCAAGAAACGCCAUCUCUACCUGCACGAACAGACGCGUAUUCAUCUGGACGAGGUACAGGACUUGGGCUACUUCAUGGAGUUUGAGGUGUGCCUGCAGCCGUCAGAGACCCUGGAACAGGGCCAGGUAAUUGCUGAGCAGCUAAGCGAAAAGUUUGGCAUCCUGGAGGCUGAUCUUAUGACUGGGUCAUAUUUCGAUGAAUUGCGGCGGGCAGCCAUAUAGGAUUCUCCUAUUCCAAUCAAUGAAAAUCGGCAUGUAUAUACAUAUGAUUGGUUUUGUGUAUUUUAUAAUAAAUUUCACUUGAAACGCCAUGGGCAUUGUGGUGUUAAAUCGAACUGUA